GAUGGGAUUGGGGGGGAGACCCCGGGGUGGGGGGAUGUGAUGUGGGAGAACAUGGUGCACCCUAGGACAUGAGAGCGAGUGGGGUGGGGAAGACCAGCGUGUGCACCUUGUGAGGAGCCCUCGAUUCCAAGGCAGAAGGACUCUGCCCAUCAGCUGGCCCGACACCCUGUCUGGCACUGCCAGAGAAUGACCCCCUGCCGAUCCCGGGAGCAGAGCUCUUACAAAAACAUCCAGUCUGGUCUUGCCUGGGACUUGGGCUGGACCCACAGUCAUGGAGGAUGACCCGGCUUCCCCUGCCAGCCAGGCCCCAUCCCCGCAGAGCUGCAUCCAGAUGGGCGAGGCGGACGGGCCAGAUGAGGAACAGGAGGCCUGGGAGCAGAGCGGGAGCAGGCAGGAUCCAGUGACAGUGGGGAGCUCCCCGGGGCGAACCAGAAGUUCUCCUUCUCCACCCAGCCGGUGCCAAGAGGGGCAGGGCAUUGCCACGGAUGGGACAGGCCACAACCCGAAUGGGGGAGCACAGGACCUAGUGUCCCCUCUCCGCCUGGAGCCCCCUCAGUCCCCGGCGCCGAGGGAGCCGCAGCCCCACAGGCCAUUCCGGCGGAAGCACCGGCUGUACAUGAAGCUGGCCUCUGGCCCAGGUGCUGUCCCCCCAGGGCAGGCCAGGGGGCAGCCAGCCACUGCUGAGGUGCCAGGGCCCUCCCAGGGCAAAAGGCUGCGGCUGCUACGGGGCCAGGCCAGCAACUUCCGGAGGAAGAAAAGCCCCUUGGAGAACGGCCAGGAGGGGGGGCCAGGUAAUGUGGGGCUCUCCCUCCCACAGCCCCGGCGCAGUGGGGAGGAGGGGCAGGACCCAGUCGCGAAGCGGGAGGGAGGGGAGAAGGGGCAGUGCCUGGCCCCGAAGCUGGAAGAGCAGGGCCUGGCACUGGAGUGGGAGGAGGAGGAGGAGAAGAGGUUCGGCUCCCCCAGGCUGUCCGGGCCCGGCGCCACCCACCCCAAGCCGGAUAUCGUGCAGCUGAUCGACGAGCACGGGAUCUACUCCACCGCCAAGCUGGUGCUGGGCAGCGCGGCGGGUGAGCUGGAGGAGGCGGCGGUGCUGCCACCGCACCUGAGGCGGGCAGGGCCCCAGCUGGAGAUCCGGGAGGUGAUUGUGGACGACAAGCCCUUCGCCUGCGGCGUGUGCGAGAAGACCUUCAAGCGGGCCUGGGAGCUGUUCAGCCACGAGGUGGUGCACAACGAGGAGCGGCCCUUCCACUGCGACCUCUGCGAGGCCUCCUUCAAGCGCCACUCGGACUUCAAGAGCCACCGGCUGGGGGCGAGGAGCGGCCCUUCCACUGCGAGAUGUGCGGCAAGAAGUUCAAGCGCUCGUCCAACCUCCAGGAGCACCGGCGCAUCCACACCGGCGAGCGCCCCUACCAGUGCGCCUGCUGCGACAAGAGCUUCAAGACGCCCUACGAGCUGCAGCGCCACAUGCUCACCCACUGCACCGAGAAGCCCUUCAAGUGUGGGGACUGCGGCAAGGACUUCCCCACCUCCAACUCGCUGCUCCUGCACCAGCGCCAGCACUGCGACGACAAGCCGCACGUCUGCGGCAUCUGCGGCAAGAAGUUCACCUACGGCCACAGCCUCAAGGUGCACGAGCGGGUGCACACUGGCGACCGGCCCUUCGUCUGCCCCAUCUGCGGCAAGGGCUUCAAGCAGUCCAACGCCCUCUCCUCACACGAGCGGGUGCACACCGGCGAGCGCCCCUUCAUCUGCAAGACCUGCGGCAAGGCCUUCAAGCAGUCGUCCUACCUGGUGAUCCACGAGCGCUCGCACACGGGCGAGCGGCCCUACAAAUGCGAGGUGUGCCAGAAGGCCUUCGCCCGGCCCUCCCUGCUGCUGCAGCACCACCGGGUGCACAGCGAGGAGCGCCCCUACAAGUGCAGCUUUUGCGACAAGUUCUUCAAGGACCUGGCCUACCUGACGGUGCACGAGAAGGUGCACACGGGCGAGACCCCCUACAAGUGCAGCGUCUGUGACAAGGGCUUCGCCCACCCCUCCAACCUGCUGCAGCACCAGCGCGUGCACCGCGACGGCUGACCCAGCGCCUGCUCCAGCACACUCCGCUAGGGAGUGCGGCCCAGGCCACGUGCGGCUCCCAGGCGGCGCCAUCCUGCCUAGUCCCUCGUGGCGGAGAGCUGCUUGUGGACACGUUUUCAGUCCAAUGGAGACUACAUAUCCCAGAGUGCACUGCAUGGCCCCUUGUGCAUCAGGGUGAAGCAGUGCAUGCUGGGAGGAGUCAUCCAGCCAGGCCACACCCUCUCACAACCAGAGGUGAUGAAAGCAUGGGGCGUGGGCCGUAGGCUGCAGAGAGCUGGGCUGCUGCGGCCCGAGAAGUCACUUGGCCCCGUGGUCUUUCUGGGCACUCCCUGGAACUUGGAGGGGGAAGAGGGAGUGGAUGGCUCCUAGUGUUAUGCCCUCUGGGAGGGGUUUGCUCUGUGCCUGUCACCGGCGGGGCGGGCGGGGGAGGGCAAGACAGCCGGGAAAGGCCCCCUGAGCCUUACUCAGCAGAGCAGCCCUAGAAUCGCCUGUGCGAUGGGCCCCUGCUCCCUCCCGGCAGGAACCUGCAGUUGGUGAACACUAAACAUGGGGUCAGUGUGUCCCCUUGGCCAGGGAGGGUUUGGGAGCCCGUCUCUGCCAUUGCCCCAUGGCAGCUUCCUAAUGGGGUCAACACAUUGCUGGGCACAGCCAGGGCAGGCCCCUUGGGGAUGCUCUGUCAGCAUUCCAGAUUUCCUGUCCAUGUGUAACACAGUCCCUGCCAAAACCAGAGCGCUCUGAGUGGGGGAAACAGGCAGGGUCCUUCUCAGCCAGCCAAUGGGCUCGCAUUGAGCGGAGCUUGCACUCGCCGCCCACCUCUGUCUUGUUUCCCCCAAGCCUCUGCCCACCCACAUUUGGGGCUGGGUUGCUUUCUGGUGGGAGCAGAACCCACAGGGCAAGUGCCGAGCUACAGCUUCUCCUGUUGUUGGGCCCCCACAGCCCUGGGUGCAGGGAUGUCUGACCGGGCUGCAGGGACAGAAGUGGAGGUCACGGGACUAUCUCAAACCUUCUCCCCUCUUGGUGUUGCGGAAAGAAAACAACUUUUGCUAGAUCCAGAUCAGGCUCCCUGGACUUGCGCUCAGUGUGCGCUUGCCAGACACACCAUGAAUUACAGUCCAGGCCCACUCCUCUGCUAGCUGGAGUGAGGCCCACCCCAUGUGCUGUCUGCUCAGCUGGGCUGGAGGGCUCCCUGGAGGACCAGAGAGCUGGAGAGGGGGUGGACUCUAGGUUCUAGGGCUGUGUCUAGACUACACCUCUCUGUCGACAGAGAGAUGUAGAUUAGGCACGUCAAAAUUGCUAAUGAUACAGGGAUUUAAAUAUCCCGCAUUUCAUUAGCAUAAUCAUGGCUUCCG